AUGAAAUUUGAGCUCGUGUUCAUACCAUGUCAUGGAAUCAGCCAUCUCAGAUCAUCAGUGGAGAUGGCGAAGCUACUAGUUGACCGUGAAACCCGCCUCUCUAUCACCGUAAUCAUCCUCCCUUUCCUUUUUCCUGGUGGAGUCGGAGUCGGUGCUUCCGCUUACGUCGAAGCUCUCGCUGCCUCAUCCAACGACCGUCUCCGCUACGAACUGAUCUCAGGCGAAAGUCAACAACCAACCGCCAAGCCGAGGAUGGAUCUCCAUAUGGAGAAUCAGAAGCCAAAGGUGAGACUCGCCGUUGCGAAACUCGUCGACAAGUACUUGACGGUACCGGACUCGCCGCGGAUCGUUGGCUUCGUCAUGGACAUGUUUUGUGUCUCCAUGAUUGACGUAGCGAACGAGUUUCGCAUUCCGAGUUAUCUUUUUUUCACCUCGAACGCCGGGUUUCUUGCACUUGGAACUCACGUUCAGAGGUUGUACGAUGAGGGUAAAUACGAUGUGAGUGAAACAGAGUAUGAAGAUUCAGAGGCUGAGUUGAUCGUUCCGAGUUUGAUUCGUCCUUAUCCGGUGAAGUGUCUUCCUCACGGUCUAGCGUCGAAAGAGUUGCUACCAAUGAUCGCAAGAUUAAGAGAGAUGAAAGGUUUUUUGGUAAAUACAGUCGCUGAGCUUGAAUCUCAUGCGUUCAAGUUUCUCUCCAAUGGGGAUACUCCUCCUGCUUACCCCGUGGGACCGAUGUUGAAUCUCGAGAACCAAGUUGACCAGAAGCCAUCGGAGAUUUUGGAAUGGCUUGAUGAGCAACCGGCUAAAUCUGUGGUGUUCCUCUGUUUUGGGAGCAUGGGACGUUUCACUGACAAACAAGCAAGAGAAAUCGCCGUCGCGCUCGAUCGAAGUGGCCACCGUUUCUUGUGGUCUCUUUGCCGCGCAUCUCCUAAUACAAAGAUUACUGAAGAAUCCACGAAUUUGGAGGAGAUUCUCCCGGAAAGAUUCUUCGAUCGGACGAAGGAGAGAGGGAAAGUGAUCGGAUGGGCUCCACAGGUGGCCGUGCUAGCGAAACCGGCGAUCGGAGGUUUCGUCACACACUGCGGGUGGAAUUCAAUGCUCGAGAGCAUCUGGUUUGGUGUUCCAACGGCUGCGUGGCCGUUGUACGCAGAACAGAAAUUCAACGCCUUUGAAAUGGUGGAGGAGCUUGGAUUGGCGGUGGAGAUAAAGAAGCAUUGGAGAGGCGAUCUUUUGGCCGGAACGGCGACAGAAACGACGAUGGCCGAGGAGAUAGAGAGGGGGAUCAGGUGUUUGAUGGAGCAUGAUAGUGAGGUGAGGAAGAGAGUGAGUGACAUGAGCAAGAAGUGUCACUUGGCUUUGACCGACGGUGGAUCAUCGCGGAUUGCUUUGCAAAAGUUUAUUCAAGACGUUUUGAAGAAUAUCGAUUCGACGGAUAUGAGUCUCUAA